AAAGCUAGUCCCCAAUAAAGGGAAAUCACUCUGCAGGUGUUAAAUUAAAAAUCAACAAAGAAAAAUGACAGAAAUUGUUUUGAGGCAUAGCGCUGUUCAGAAGAGCAUUGGCGGCUCUGAGGCAUUUUACAAUGAGGCAAUAGAGCAGGCAGCCAACUUCAACCUGCGUAUGAAGAAUGACAGGAAGAUGCGGCUGCCUUUCUUGGACUCUCAAACUGGAGUGGCCCAAAGUCACACUGAUCUGUGGCAUUCUUACCGUCACAGAAGACCAGGGAAGUACCCUGGCCAGAUCUACUCCUAUCCUGAGCGGAGAUGGAAGAAGAAACGCCAUUAUUUCCUAUUUCCCGAAGAACGAAACAACAAAACAGGAGACAUUGAGACGGGUGAAGCAGUUACAGAAUCAGUGAUUGGCGCGAGUAAACGCCGACCCAGGUCGGCUGAUGUCUCAACCCCAGACAUGCAUCAAAUAAGCACUGUGGAGAAUCCAGCUGCCACGAGUAAAGCCGAUGAAGAGAUCCCUGAUCUUAAAAGUGAGACGAGCAAGGACAAAUGGUACGACGAAUACGAUGAGUAUAUGGAGCCGCCAGACGCCGGGGAAAUGUGCGAUGACCAGUCUGAUAUCUCGGACUUUGAGGAUACCUACAUUAAGAAGAAGAAACGAAAGGGAAAGGGAAGUACUCGUGGGAGGAAGAAGAAGAUAGACAAAGAAGAAAAAGAAAAACUUGAUGAGGAAAAGGAAAAACCUUAUGCUUGUGAAGUAUGUAACGCACGCUACAAGACCCGUCCGGGGUUGUCGUACCACUACAACCAUUUCCACAAUGGUAUGAUGGAACCAGAAGAACCAGAACCAUCUCCCAAGUCCGUUGCUAAAACUCCUCCAAAAUUGGAGCGUGAAGAGCCAGUGAAGGUCACACCUACGCUAGUAUUCCCAGAGCGUGGUGAAGAUGGUAAAGUGCAGAACAGCAACUAUUGUGACUUCUGUCUCGGAGACUCCGAUGAAAACAAGAAGACUGGGGAGUCUGAGCAGCUGGUUUCCUGCAGCGAUUGCGGAAGAUCUGGUCACCCAACUUGCCUGCAGUUCACGGCAAACAUGACUGUUUCCGUGAAGAAAUACCCAUGGCAGUGUAUUGAGUGUAAAUCCUGCGGACUGUGCGGAACUUCUGAGAAUGAUGAGCAGCUACUGUUUUGCGAUGAUUGUGACCGUGGUUACCACAUGUACUGCCUCAACCCGCCCCUGGCUGAGGCCCCAGAAGGGAACUGGAGCUGUCAUCUGUGUAUUGAAGAAUUUCAUGGUGGAAAGAAGCCAGCUGGAAUGGCUUAAAUCUUGUAUUGUCAUGGAAACAGUGGUUACCAUGGCAACUGUUUUAAUUUUGUCUAUUUUCUUUGGUGUUGCAUUAUGGCUUUUGAAACAAUUUUCAUGGAAUGCUUUGGCAGCCAUAAAGGGAUCGCCAUUUUAUUGGUGUUGUAUAUGGCUUAAAGUGGUUACUCUGAUAACUACCUCUCAUAUCUAUAUGAGGUCACUUUCAUUGGUGUUUCAUUAUGGCCUAAAUUCCUGUUUGCACAGAAUAAUGGUUUCCGUGACAACCAAUAAAUCAGGCUAUUUUUUGUGUUAUUUUUUUCAUUGAGUUCAAAUUCCUGGCCCCUAUAUCUCAAAAGUUCUUCAGCGUAAAAAGCUUUAGUAUCUGAUCUCAUUAGAACCAAUUUCAAUUAAUGAGCUUUGAGGCCAGUUGUUAUGAAAACAGUUGUUACCAUGGCAACAUAUUGGGCCUUUAAUGAGUAUUGCAUAAGUGUGAGAUGGUUUAGAUGUUAUCUUGUGUUUGGAAAAAAGGAGAUGAAGAUGAAAAUUAUUUAAAGCUACGUUUUUGUAAAGUGACCUUGUUCCGCAUACUAUACGAUAUGAGUAUAAAUAAGUGAUUACUUUCCUUUAAUGUUGUUAGUUAAUUUGUAUUGUGUUUUAGGCUGUAGUUCCGCAAAUCAAUUAUGGUGUUAUUUGGAAUUAAUCAUGAAAGUGAAUUAUAAGACCACUUUAUUUAAAUAUGUUCAUAUGAUUGCAAUGUUAAUGUUAAUUUAAAAGCAGGCUGAAGAAUCUUAAAUAAAUCUUGGUGAGGAGCUGAGGGAUAUAGAUAAUUUUAGAUAAUUACACAGAGAAUGGAAAUAUGUUGAUUUACUUUCUCUACAAGUAAUCAAAAUGUCCUAAACCAAUGUCACAUUUCAUUUCAUAAACUUAACACUAGUAAUACACUUGUGAGAUGAAAGCAAUGUUCAUAUUUUUAAGUACAUAGGUUUAUCAGUAACUGUUCUGAAACUAAUUGUUUCAAAAAACUUAUUAAUUAACAUUACCUAUUCUUAGCUGGGACCACUAACUAAGUCCUACUCCCAGUUAUAAGGUAAUGACAGGCUCUUAUCGGUUACAUUUUGGGGCCACUCUAAGUAUAUUUUGUGUUUGAUAUUUAUUGCCUGUGAACAGAAAAAUCAUGCUUGUUGUGCCUUCAUUUUGUCAUUUUCAUGAUGUUAUGGUAUGUUUGUUUUGAUUAGAAAGAAUAUAUUACAAAAUAUUGUACAAUUUACAAAGACUAAUGAUCAUUGCAAAGAUAAAAGAUUUAGACAACAGAAUUUAAUUCUUAUAGAAUAUGAAAAGUAUGUCAUGCUUUUGAUAUAUCAAAGAUAUAUUAAAUAUCAACCUCAUUGCAUAAAACAUUUUUUUUUUUUUGUAUUAAUAUAAAUGUAAUAUGUGGAAAACCAUGACUGAGACAUUUCCUUUUCAUCAAAUUUAUCAUCAGUUUGUGCAGGCAUUUUCAUACAGCAUUUUCUUAACCAUAAUCUUCAUUUUAUCACUGAUCUAUAUUUCAUCAUUUCCAACAAUACAGUAUGUCUGUGUACAUAAAAUGAAUGUUGUUCUUUUUAAAAUAUUAUGUACAUGUAGAAGAAUAAUAAAUAAUGAAAGAUA